GCCGGAGGAGUGACGGCCACACCUGCCAAGACCUUCCCCCACCCCGAAAGGACCCUCCGAAGGGCCGCCCAGUGGGGUCACCCGGCAGGAGCGGCAUGGCCAUCCUCGACCCAGUGGUCAGCGAGUGGCCGGCGCGGGAGGUGGAAUUCCAGGAUGGAUUAUUCAUCUCGGAGCCAGACAACAGCCUGUAUUUCACCUACAGUGGGCAGUCCAACACCCUGGAGGUCCAAAACCUCAACUAUCGGGUGGACAGGUCCUCCCAGACACCAUGGUACAAACAGCUAGCAAAGCCCAAGCUGUGGUGGCCCUGGACCCGAGGGCCGGACUCCCAGUCCCUGGCCAUUCAGAAUCUGAAUUUUAAAGUGCAAAGUGGGCAGAUGCUGGCCAUCAUCGGAAGCUCAGGCUGUGGGAGGUCUUCCCUGCUGGACGUGAUCACGGGCCAGGGUUCCGGAGGCCAGAUCUGCACGGGCCAGAUCCGGAUCAACGGGCAGCCCAGCACGCCGCAGCUGGUGAGGGCCACUGUAGCCCACGUGAGGCAGGAUGACCACCUGCUGCCCCACCUGACCGUCCGGGAGACUCUGACCUUCGUGGCCAAACUGCGCCUGCCGCAGACCUUCUCCGAGGCCCAGCGGGCCCAGCGGGUGGAUGAUGUGAUCGCGGAGCUGCGCCUACGACAGUGCGCCCACACCCGGGUGGGGAACAGACAUGUGCGUGGCGUGUCCGGCGGGGAACGCAGGAGGGUCAGCAUUGGUGUGCAGCUUCUCUGGAACCCGGGGAUCCUGAUCCUGGACGAGCCAACGUCUGGCCUGGACAGCUUCACAUCCCACAACCUGGUGAGGAUGCUGGCACGGCUGGCCCGUGGGAACCGGCUGGUCCUGCUCUCCCUCCACCAGCCACGCUCGGAUAUCUUCCGCCUCUUUGACCUGGUGCUCCUGCUCAGCGCGGGCUCCACCCUGUACGCGGGCCCGGCCAGCCACAUGGCCCGGUAUUUUGCAGCCGCCGGCCACCCUUGUCCCCGCUUCAGCAACCCAGCCGACUUCUACGUGGACCUGACCAGCAUCAACUUGUGUGGCGAGCUGCAGGAAGCGGCCAGCAGGGAGAGGGUCCAGGUGCUGUCCUCCCUGUUCCAGGGCCAAGUGGAGGGCUCCAAGGACGGUCUGUGGCACGGCGGAGAGGAGCCCGGGGCCCCGCCAGGAGCCUCCACGGAUCACAGACUUCCGCUCCGUCCCACCGGGCCAAGCUGUGAUGAAGACCGGCUGCCUGGAGCCUGGCGGCAGUUCUCCACGUUAAUCCGCCGGCAAGUUUCCAACGACAUCCGCGACCUGACGAUGCUUCUCGUCCACGGGGCCGAGGCGCUUCUCAUGUCCCUGAUCAUCGGGUUCCUCUACUACGGCCACGGGAGCAGCACGCUGCCGCUGAUGGAUAGGAUCUCCCUCCUCUACAUGAUUGGCGCCCUCGUCCCAUUCCCUGUGGUGCUGGACACUGUAGCCAAGAGCCACUCAGAAAGGGCCAUGCUGUGCCAUGAGCUGGAGGAUGGGUUGUAUGGCAUCGGCCCUUACUUCUUCGCCAAGGUCCUGGGGGAGCUCCCUGAGCACUGCGUCUACGUGCUUCUCUACGGGAUCCCCAUCUACGGGCUGACCAACCUGGCCCCUGAGCCCCACAGGGCUGUGCUGACCAUCUGGCUGCUUUGGCUCAUAGUCUACUGUAGUCGGACCAUGGCGCUCUGGGCCGCCGCGCUCCUCCCCACCCUGCACUCCGCCUCCUUCUUCGGCAACGGCCUGUACAACACCUUCUACCUGACUGGAGGCUUCAUCAUCAGCCUGCACAACCUGUGGCUGGUGCCAUCCUGGAUUUCCGAGGUGUCCUUUCUCCGCUGGGGCUUCCAGGGGCUGAUGCAGGUGCAGGUCAUUGGCCACAACUUUCCCCUGGUAGUCGGCAACAGCACCAUCCCGGUUCCUGGCCAGGCAAUUGCGAACGCCAUGAAGCUGAACUCCCAGCCGCUCUACGCUAGCUACCUCAUCCUCCUGGGCCUCUGCGCCGCCUUUCUCCUCCUCUACUGCCUGUGCCUGCGGUUCAUUAAGCAGAAGUCCAGCCAGGACUGGUGACGAGGCCCAACCGCCGCGGC